AUGAGCUUUCUCCCUCGUGACCAACGUGAGCAACAUGAGCAGCAUCAUUUCCCUCCCAUGACCAAUCCGGUGGCUUAUCCUCCGGCGCCUGCUAUGAUGCCGGGCGGAGACUUAGAGGCAACGGGAGCCACCGCAGUGCCACCUCCUGUUCAUCCCGCUCCUCUGCCGCAACAGCAACAACAACAACAACACCCCCACCCCCGCCACCUGACCAUCACUACGACCGAUGCCGGCUCCCUCAUUCCUCCGCAGGACAAACUGCUCGUCUUCCGCGCGUUAACCGGGAUCGACAGCAUUCCCGUGUUGAGAACGCUGCAGCACUACGACCGCACAGCGCCCAACAUCGGCAUCUACACCCGCGUGGUCAAGGCAGAGCAUUCGGCGUAUGUGCGGUACCGCUUCUUCAGCAUCCUGGUCAACGUGUGCUUGGGGAUCCAGAUUGUGGUGGCGGCGGCGUUGACGGCGCUGGGCGCCGCCAGCGGGCCGCACUCGGCGGUGACGGCGUUUGGAGCGAUCAACACCAUCAUGGCGGGGGUGCUGACCUACCUGAAGGGGUCCGGCCUGCCCGACCGGCUCAAACACUACCAGAACGAAUGGCGCAACAUCCGCGAGUACAUCGAGCAGCGCGAGCGCGAGCUGUGUCUGAGCGGCUGCGAGCUAGACAUCCAGGAGGAGAUCCACAUCAUCGAGUACAUGUACGAGGGGGUGAAGCGCGAGAUCGACCAGACAAAGAGCACGGAGAACCGCGUGGCGCCGCGCGACGGGGGGUAUAAUCGGCGGGUGUUCUAUCCGCAGCAUCCGCAGCAUCGACCGCAGGGGCCGAUGUUGAACCCCACUGCCGAACCGCUACAAUGGCACUCGCAACCAAAACAUCAACAGCAGCCAAACCCUCCAUUCCCCCCUCGGUCUACCACCGAAUCUCUCCCCCGGUGA